AUGCAACCCCCAAGACCAACCGUUGAGAUCGCCGAGGAUCUCGACGACGGCACCACCCGACGCGUAUCAAGUCAUGACCCAGAAAAGAUCCAAUCGAGCGCCGGCACAACCCAAAGAUUCAGCGAACAAAUCCCACAUGAAAUGCUCGAAGAACUGGCUCCCAAUGGAGAGGGCGACCACAUCUGCGAAAAGGUCGAUAACAUGACCGAGGAGGAGGCCAUCGCCAUCGUUCAGGAAUCCGUGAGGUUUCACGCCGACGACUGGAACUUCCCCUCAGAAAUGCGCGAGCGUAUGAAGCGGUUGCUCAAGGGCCCCAAGGCGUACGGGGAGUUUUACGAUCGGGACUUGCGGAUCGACGCCACCCUGAUGCGCUACUCGUCCCCUUAUCCCGGAGUUCGCGCGGUCCAGGAGUUGAAGGAUGAUCCGACUGUUCCGAUUGAGACUAUCAGGGCGUACUUCUUGGGGGUGGCGUGGGCGGUUAUUGGAACUUUCAUGUCUACCUUCUUUAACAGCAGAUUUCCGUCUAUCGGUCUUAGUGGGUCGGUUAUCCAGAUCUUGCUCUUUCCAUGUGCCAAGUCACUGGAAUGGGUGCUGCCAGAUUGGGGUAUCACGGUCUUUGGCGUUCGUCACUCGCUCAACCCAGGACCGUGGACGUUCAAGGAGCAGAUGUUUGCCACGAUUUGUUACAAUAUUGCCAUAUAUACCACCAACUCAUAUGGAAUGAUUUUGGUUCAAAGGAUGGACGUUUUUUACGGACAUCAAUUCGUCAACUUCGGAUACCAACUCAUGUUAACGCUUUUUGUCCAACUCAUGGGCAUGGGAUUUGCCGGAUACCUACGGAGAUUCAGUGUCUACCCCGUCAAGGCGCUGUGGCCGACCAUUCUUCCCACGAUCGCCAUGAAUCGAGCUCUGACAAGACCCGAGCCGAAGGAAAACAUAUACGGAUGGACCAUUUCACGUUACCGCUUCUUUUACAUAUGUACAGUCAGCAUGGCAAUCUAUUACUGGUUCCCAGGAUAUCUCUUCACUGCGCUUUCAACGUUCAACUGGAUGACUUGGAUAGCUCCGAAUUCCAUUGUCCUCUCUCUUUUGACCGGCUCAAUCACAGGCUUGGGAUUGUUCAAUCCCAUCACUACGUUUGACUGGAAUGUCGCCACGAGCUCGUAUGCCGCACUAUCACAACCUUUCUUCGCCACUUGUACUAUGUACUUUGGCGGCAUUCUCGGUGGUCUUAUCAUUCUCGGCAUCUACUACAAAAAUAUGAACUACACGGCUUUUCUACCCAUCAACUCUAGCUCAGCCUUUGCCAAUGAUGGGACGCCUUAUCAGGUCCAGAAGGUGGUGGUAGACAAUAAACUGGACCAGAACAUGUACCAGAACUAUUCACCACCUUUCUACUCUGCUGGAUAUAUCCUGACUGUUGGAGCAAACUUUUGCUUCUACCCAGUCUACUUCCUCUAUAUCAUGGUCAACCAAUGGAAGACUAUCGGCCAAGCCUAUGUUGACUUCUACCAUGGCCUGCGUUACGGAAAGGGUAACUAUGAAAGGGCAAUGGACGUCCAUUCUCGACUUAUGGCUCAGUAUCCCGAGGUUCCGGAUUGGUGGUUCCUCAUCAUCCUCAUGGGCGCAAUUGUCGUAUCCGUCAUCUUUCUUAAGAUCUACCCGCUCGAUACCCCGGUUUGGCUCGUGUUCCUUGUCAUUGGGAUUAACCUUGUCUUUGCCGUGCCGUUGUCGUUCCUGUCGGCAACCACUGGCACGAAUCUCGGUCUGGGGGCAUUGGUCCAGGUAAUCACGGGAUUUCUCCUACCUGGUAACACCAACGCCUUUCUGUUUGCGCAGACUCUGGGGUCCUGGGCUCUAGCGGGAUACGGCGACAACAUGGUUCAAGACCUGAAGAUGGGACACUAUGUGCGCAUUCCGCCCAGAGCCGUGUUCAGAAGUCAGAUUGGGACCAUCAUCAUCACGGUCUUUAUUGCCGUCGGCACUCAAGACUUUAUUAUGAAGAACGUCAAGGGCCUUUGCACUCCCAACCAGCCUUCCCGCUUCACCUGCGCCAACGACGGGAAUCCCCUCUACGCCAGCUCCUUGAUGUGGGGCCUUCUCGGAUCGGACCGCAUGUUCAACUCCCUCUACCCAUUAUUCAAGUGGUGCUUCCUCAUCGGCACUUGCAUCGCCCUGGCUUUCCUCUUUGGGCAAACCUACGGCCCUCGCUAUCUUCCUGGCGUCAAGGAAAAGCUCCGCAAGCGUUUGUCUCCGCGCACGUUUGCCAUGCUGGACCGCACACUGUUCCCCUUUGUCGCGUCCCUCCUCUGGCUGAACCCGAUCCUGGUCAUCCAGGGCGUGCAGCACUGGGCCCCGAGCAACAUGAGUUACAAGACGCCCGGGUUUAUUCUUUCGUACGUCUUUAUGUACUGGAUGCCGAAACACCGGUUGGCGUGGUGGGAGAAGUACAAUUACGUUUUGUCGGCUGCCCUGACGGCUGGGGUGGCCAUCAGCGGUCUGAUCAUCUUCUUUGCGGUCGGGUAUAACCCCAAGAAGCUGGAGUGGUGGGGGAACACGGUUAGUGGUGCGGGGGUGGACGGAAGAGGCACGGGGAUCUUGGAGAUUCCGAAGGAUAGAGGGUAUUUUGGGCCGGAGAAGGGGAUGUUUCCUUAGAGGAGAAGGAUGCCCUCUUCUGUUCUUUUGUCGUGUCUUUUUCUUUCUUCAUGUUGAGAUCUCUCAUGAUGCGAGUGAUGAUGGGAGUUGGCUCGCCCGGGACAAAAAAACGUAGACUCAGCAACAGUUUUUCAACAACAGAUUAACAAAACACCUAGGAAUUUUAAGGACGACCGAAUAGUCGUAAGAAUAGACCGAACACGUGACGGUCAGUACAUUACACCUUGGGUAUACUCUUAUUACGCAUCCAAGCGUCUUUAUCAUACCUUUGAACCCAACUUCUAGGCAGUUUUUAGAUGUAAGUAUCCCUAA